AUGGAGACAAUGGAAGCGAUCUUGAUAUCUUACUGGUUUUUCCUUGGAGUACUCCUGUAUUUCUACGGAUUCGUCCAUCACUUUUCUUCGUAUUAUUUCAAGGACGAAGAAGGAGAAGACAUCAAACCUGGAGAUGAUGACUAUUGUUGCCCCAUCUGUCAUGAAGAUGUCAGAGCUUUUUCCGACAUUCUCCGUUCAUCAAAGUGCGAACGUUGGAAGCUGGGACGUAUGGAGGUGACGUCGGAAGUGUUGAAGCUUGCCGUUCUUAUGAUCGGCUUUCCAUUGGUCAUACUCCUUUGUUUGCUAUGGUCCGUUAUAUACGAAGGUCGUGACCUAGCUCUACAAUACGAGCAGAUGAAAUUAUCUUCACAUGCCAGAAACUGCAUAUGCAGCCGCAGCGGCAACCGCUGUCCAGCAUAUCUUGAGGAUCUCACGGCACUCGAGAAAACACUUGAUAAGUCCAAGUGCAAGCAUAUUAGAUCUAUCUUUGCUGAUUUGAAGCAUGAGCCAUAG